AGUUGUAAAAGCGUAUCAUCAUAGUGGCUUGAAUUGUUUCAGCCCUGAAAAUGAGACUAGAAGCGUGGCGCGAAAAGUCGGAUAAUGGGAUGACUGUCCCUACACUCGACCUUGGUGUACUGUUGAACAAGGACACCUUACCUUCUCUUGUUGAAACGAUGGCUCGUCUUUGUAUCCUCGCGAUCGGUGUUCUAGUUGCCGUUACACAGGCUCACGCACAAGCACCAUGCCCUCCACCUAAGCAACCCGUGGAAAGCUGUAAAAAUUUCUGUAAAUUAGAAUUGCCCGGAACCACCGGAGGGUACUACUGCUGUGAUCAGCAACGGACACCAGCUGGUAACCCUGGCACUUGCCCCAAGGUUCCUCUUCAAGAGAACGAAAUCGAAGUCAUGUGUGAUCCCAACGAUCCCAACAGCCCCUACAGCCUGAACUGCAAGACCGACGCCGACUGUUUCCAAUGGGAAAAGUGCUGCUACGCUCCGGUGACUCAGCAGCGCAUUUGCAGAGCAGCGGUCUAUGACCUGUGAGGAAAGUUGGUCGGUUCGAAACUGACUGACGCGUUUCAAAAAAGUGAUUUUUUUUUUUAUGAUUGAGUUACAAUGUGACUGAUCUGGUCGUUAAGGAAAUAUGUGAUCGAUAAAGACUGAGCAUCCUUUGCAGUUAUUAACUGUGAUUGUUUGGGGAUUAGAAACAGUGUUCUUCAUGGUUUGAAUGCGCAUUAUUAUUAUUAUUAUUAUUAUUAUUAUUAUUAUUAUUAUUAUUAUUAUUAUUAUUAUUAUUGUUGUUGUUGUUGUUGUUGUUGUUGUUG